AUGACGGUAAACGGAGUAACCAAGAACGGAGCUGGGCCCCAAAAGACGGGUGUCAAAGUCAUUGUCGUUGGAGCUGGAUUUGGUGGUCUGUCUGCAGCCAUUGAAUGUUAUAGGCACGGCCACGAUGUCGAAAUCUAUGAGUCUUUUGCAGAGCUUAAGGCGCUUGGUGACAUCAUCACCUUCGGCUCUAAUGCCGGCCGCGUAUUCGUCAGAUGGUCGAAUGGUGCUGUUGCACAGGAGAUGCGAUCUCUCAGUAUAGACACUUCCAAGCAUGGCUUCAAUAUACACAAGUACGAUACUGGGGAGGUGGUCAUUAAUCAGAAGACUCCGCCGUAUAAUGCAGAAGCGCCGUACUUCAAUGGACACAGAGGAGAACUGCAUGAAAUUGUAUACAACUAUGCACGAGACGUUUUGAAAAUUCCCAUAAAUUUGAACCGACGUAUUGAGAACUAUUUCGAGAAUGAUAAAGAAGCAGGGAUCAUACUUGCUAAUGGAGAGAAGGUUGUUGGAGAUGUCGUUAUUGCUGCAGAUGGUGUGCGUUCGAAAGCCCGCAAGACUGUACUUGGCUACGAAGACAAACCCAAGAGCAGUGGCUAUGCUGUCUGGAGAGCAUGGUUUGAGAAUAAAGACAUGAUCGCAGAUCCACAAACCGCUCACUUCUGUAAUGAUGGCGACACAUUUAAUGGAUGGAUUGGCCCGGAUAUGCAUUUUUUGUUCAGUACAAUUAAAGAUGGCUCUGAUUGCUGCUGGGUGCUCACACACCCGGACGUCCAUGAUAUCGACGAGUCCUGGAGUUUCCCAGGAAAGAUCUCAGAAGUCAAAGAAGCGAUCAAGGACUGGGAUCCUCUCUGCACCACAAUCAUCGAGAAGACGCCAGAAGACAAACUCGUAGACUGGAAACUUGUAUACAGAGACCCGUUGCCUACAUGGGUUAGUCCACAAGCAAGGAUUCUCCUAUUAGGAGACUCUGCACACCCAUUUCUUCCUACUUCUGCGCAGGGUGCUGCACAGGCAAUUGAGGAUGGAGCGACUAUCGCGGUAUGCCUCCGGAAAGGAGGCAAAUCUCAGGUCCCUGGAGCCGUCAGAGCUCAUGAAAAGAUCCGAUACGAAAGAGUCAAGAAGGUUCAAAAGACAGGAGAGACUACGAGGGAUAAGUGGCAUAAGACGGACUGGGAUGAGGUAAAGAAGAACCCCGAAAGCAUUGAGUUUCCGAGGGAGGAUUGGAUUCUUGGUUUCGAUGCGGAGCAACAUGCUGAGGACGUGUUCGAUGAGGUCUUAGCUCAGGUUGGAAAGUAA